AUGGUCCUGGUUUCCAAAAAUCCGAAUCCACCAUCAUCCGCACUAAUUGACGAUAACGAAUAUUCAAUAUCGGUGGAAAAUGACAUUGAAAUUUGCGAACAGGAGCCUGUCAGUUUGACCAAACUUCCUACCACCUACUCUCCUCGAAUGCAUCGGAAAGCUCACGUGACAAAUGUCACCGAUACGAAAAAUCGGCUCUCCCCGUCAAGCAUUCAAACGCCUCAGUCAAAUGAAGGCCCGAAACAAAUGAAAUAUCAGGGGACUAUUAACCCGAAUGCAAUAAUAGAACAGAACUCACAACCAAACGAGAAAUCUCACGCAUUCCGACUCCCUUCGUCGGGAGACCAAAUCUAUCAGGACCACGUACGACACGGUCAUCCAUCGACUGAGACAAACAAUCCAACACGUAGACGAUGCAAACUGAACGAACAGUGUAGCCGGCAUCAUGGAACGCGUGCGGAUCGUCAUGGUGCAACCAAAUCGACUGUGAGCACAUUGAAUAAAAUGAUCAGUCGACUGGAUUCCCGUAUGGCAGCUCUGGCCAAACACAUACCACAAACUGCGGACUGUCCCGAUCACACACAACUCGAAUCGACCAAAAUCGAUCCGGACGAUUCACGACAAUUUCAGGAACUGAUUGCCAAUCUGACCGAGGCCGAGUGGCAAGCUCUUUUGCACAUGAUCAGUCAGACAGAUGACUCGUAUCAGUCACCGCGAUCGCGAAACAAAUCCAAUCAUCCACGGGGCUCGACGGUGAUCGGGAGGAAAAAGAACGAAUCGGAUUCUUGGUCCCGGGAGCGUGUUCGAACGGGCAUGGCAAUGGAACGGGGCGAUGGACGUCGGGGAGCAUCCAUCCGUGUGCUGAUGGUACUCCUGGUGUACAGUCGAAGUUCACUGGGCCUGCCUGAGACUCACGGCUCUAUAGACAAGGUGUGUCUUCUUGCUCGGGUUAGCUAG